AUGGCCACCGAAAAUGUGUACAUUGUGUUAUAUCCUAAUGGAGAAAUUUCUGUUACAUCUGAAGGUGUUACAUUCGUUUGUGAUGAUCCGUUGUGGAUAAUGAUCCCGCCGCAGUCGUCUUUGGAAGAGCUGAAGAACGUGAUCUUGGUGAAUACCGGUAUAGUUGGAAAAAAGAAAAUCACGAAGUUGACUUACAGAAUGCCAGUUGCAGUGGCCAACUCGUUUACGUAUCAGAAAAUGCAGAUUAAAUCUGACCAACAAGUUUCGAUGAUGUUUUCUUAUCAUCGGAGUAUCGGAAACAUUUAUUCGCUGGAGCUUUGUGUGUGUCUCCAAGAUCUUGGUGGAAGCUUCUCUAGUUCCAAUAAUGUUGUGAAUCAUGUGACUGGAGGAAAUCGUUGUACACGUCCUCCCCCUUGUACCCGAGUUGCAUCACCAGAGGGUAUUGGUGGUGGGUUGGCAGACACUUCCGACGAAGAUGAGAUUGAAGAUGAUAGUGGUGAAGAAGCAGAAGUGGUUCCUGAAACCCAACCCGUUUACCAUGACAGGGAUCUUCCGAGUCGGGUUGAAUCGGUUGGUGGGUCAAGCGAUACUCCGGGCCACUAUCUGUCCCUAAAUCUCGGAGCAAUGGGUUCGGCGACCGCGGAAGACACACCUAGCAACUAUGCUUUGUCCGGUGAGAUGGAGCUCGAGGUCGGUCUAAAAUUUCUCAAUAGAGAAACUGCCAUGCUUGCCGUAAAGAACUACAACAUUCGUAGAGGUGCAGAAUACAAGGUUGUAGAGUCGGAUCAAACUAGGUAUGUAUGUCGAUGCAAGCAGUUUGGGGACCAAUGCCGUUGGUCGGUUCGAGUUGCCAAGACAAGGGCAUCCAGAUUUUGGAUGAUUCGAAAAUACGAAGGGCCUCACAGUUGUCUAGCAACCUCAAUGUCACAAGAUCAUGCUCAACUUGAUAGCGACGUCAUCUGCCACCAUAUACACCCCAUGGUACAAGCAGAUGCUACUAUUUGCGUAAAGGUGCUGCAAGGUUCAGUCGAGUCAGCAUACGGGUACAAGGUUUCUUACAAGAAGGUUUGGCAUGCGAAGCAGAAGGCAAUUGUGAAGAUUUAUGGUGAUUGGGAUGAGUCAUAUGACCAGCUGCGGAGAUAUUUCAACGCAUUGCAAGCUUUCAUUCCAGGUACAAUUGUUGACCUCCAAACCCGCCCGAACUAUGUCGGCAACACAUUGGACCGUCAAAGUGUUGUGUUCCAUCAGGUUUUUUGGUCUUUUCCGUCGUGUGUUGAAGCCUUCAGGCACUGCAAGCCACUUGUCUCGGUGGAUGGAACGCACUUAUAUGGCAAGUACGCAGGGACAUUGUUAAUGGGCAUAGCGCAGGACGGGAAUAACAACAUCCUGCCCAUUGCUUUUGCAAUUGUCGAAAGGGAGAACACCGAUUCGUGGUUUUUCUUCUUAUCGAAUCUAAGGAGACAUGUAGCCACUCAACCAGGAAUACUGUUAAUCUCUGAUCGGCAUUCAGCAAUAAGGGCUGCUUUAGAGCGGCCUGGCUGCGGAUGGGAACACAAUGUGUACUGUGUGAGACAUAUUGCAUCUAACUUUGCCACAACAUUCAAGAGCAAGGAAGCCAAAAAGCACCUAGUCAACGCGGCGUACUCGAAGACAGCCGAGCAGGCACAGUACUACCUUGACUUAAUUAGCAGCGAGGAUCCAACCAACUCUCCCCAAAUGAUGGCCUGGAUCCGUGGGUUAGAGCCGCCAAAGUGGUUACAGCAUCGCGAUGAGGGUCGUCGAUACGGUCACAUGACAACCAACCUGUCGGAGUGUAUAAACUCAGUUCUUAAAGGUACUUGCAACCUUCCGGUGUGCGCUAUUGUGAAGUCUACCUUCCAUCGACUGAAUGCAUUAUUUGUCAAGAAGGGUCGGGAGGCACAAUCGCAGAUAGCAUGCGGACAGGUAUUUUCGCAAUUUCUGCAGAAGGCUAUAUUGGCAAACAGAGAAGGAAUCUCCCAGAUGCUUGUCACGUCGUAUGACAGAGCCACGUCUAUCUUUACGGUGGACGAGAUAGCGGCCGUGGGGUAUCAGUCACGGUUCAGGGUAUACCUAGAACAUGGCAGAUGCGACUGUGGAUAUUUUCAAGCAUUGCAUUAUCCAUGUGCCCAUGCGCUAGCUGCAUGUGCACAUGCAAGGCUUGAUUGGCAGCGUUAUGUUGCAGCAGUGUAUCGUGUUGACAGCGUGUUCCGGGUUUACGAGAUGGAAUUUCCUCCAAUGCUGGAUGAGGAGUUGUGGCCACCUUACGUGGGUGAACGGGUUGUUCCUAACCUCCAUCUCCGACGAACAAUGGAAGGGCGUCCGGUGUCGACGAGGAUCAGGAAUGAGAUGGACGAGGUAGAGCCAGGACCUGGGAAAAGAUGUGGACUUUGCAGGCAACCGGGUCAUACAAGGCGGAACUGCCCGCAUAUCAAUUCCACUUAG